CUUUCGAGGGUGCAACUGUAAGUGUUCAUCUUUCGUACGAGAAAUAGUCACCCAUUGUUUCUUUUCUGUUAACUGUAUGCUGAUACGUGUAUAUGCACACACAUAUAUAUAUUAAUUUCUUCCCUGUAAAUGGGUUGUAGCACGUUGUUGGACAGGAAAUAAAAUGUUUUCUCUUAUGCAGGUUCUUGAAGCCAGAACAUGUUUCUAUGAGAAACCUAUUGCAACUCUGGAUUUUGAAUCUUUAUAUCCAUCAAUUAUGAUGGCAUAUAACUUGUGCUAUUUUACAGUAGUAAAAGUAUUUUCUUGUUAGUCUUUCAUUUUUUUGUUGUCUUUGGCUAUUCUGCGUGAAAGGUUAUGUUAAAUUUCAAGCAUAAGAAUUAAGGAAAAAUCUAAUUAGCCAUCUCCCUUGAGACGGGUAUUGUUUACUCCAGAUGUUAUUUACUAUUUUGUCAUUAUUAUUGCGUAGGUAAAUCCCGAAGAUGCCCGGAAGCUUAAUUUGCCUCCGGAGUGUGUCAACAAAACUCCAACUGGUGAAACUUUUGUCAGAUCAAAUUUACAAAAGGUUAAAUUUAUAGCAUUAAUGCAGGUUGUUUACUGUCAUCAUUUUUUGGUGUAGCAAAAGAUGGGGGUCUAGUUAUGCACAAGUUCCAUUUUUUGCCUUCUCUUACUACUGUUUCACUUCAGGGAAUACUACCAUAAAUUCUUGAAGAACUUUUGGCAGCUCGUAGAAGGGCCAAAGCGGAUUUGAAGGUUCUCAAUUUAAUUACUAUAAAUAUAUAAAUACUUUUUUUUUUGUAAAUUUCUAUUCCUUUGAAAUAAAGGUUCUGAAGUGUUGAUACUACUUCACCAUUAAAUUGUCUUUUGGAUGUAAAUUAUCCUGGAGAUAAAGAACACUUAUGUAACUGGUAACUAAUAAUACACAAGAUCAUGUUCGUCUAGAUGGAACUGUACAUUAGACUGGUCAAUGAUUGUCAAAAGUUUUCUUUAUGGGAUUGAUUAUUGCGUUUGGACAACGAUAUCUGGUGGAUUUGUUCACAAUGUCCAAAGUUUGAGUUUCGUCGUACUUGAAUAGUAAUGCAAUCUAUAUUGAAAUAUAAAUUUGUUACUCUGUGUUGAAGAAAAACUUCUAAUGGUGUUUUACCUGUAUGAAUUUAAAUUUUUAGGAAGCAAAGGAUCCACUUGAAAGAGCUGUGUUAGAUGGUAGGCAACUUGCUUUGAAGGUAAGGAUUAUCAUUUUUAUCCUUUUUAUUUUGUAUUUUUAUUUUAUAUGAUUGUAUGCCGACUACUGUAUUUGGCUUGAUGUUAACUAACUUGACUUGUUGGAUUAUCUGUUUUCUCAUGGCUCUUACAGAUAUAUGCAAAUUCUGUCUAUGGGUUUACUGGAGCUACGGUUGGUCAGUUACCUUGUUUAGAGAUAUCUUCAAGUGUUACCAGCUAUGGUAAUCAAAUGGAUGCAUGACUUGAACUUUGUUACCCAAUAAAUAAAUUUGAUGCGAUUCUGCAAAUGUCAUUUAUUUUAAUGAUUAAUCCAUAUUUGAAGGUCGUCAAAUGAUUGAACACACGAAAAGACUCGUGGAAGAUAAAUUCACCGUGCUCGGAGGUUACGAGCACAAUGCUGAGGUCAUAUACGGAGAUACAGAUUCAGUAAUGGUGCAGUUUGGUGUUUCCUCAGUGGAUGCGGCCAUGAAAUUGGGCAGGGAAGCUGCUGAUUAUAUUAGCAGCACCUUCAUCAAUCCCAUAAAACUGGAGUUUGAGAAGGUCUACUAUCCAUAUCUACUAAUUAGUAAGAAGAGGUAUGCUGGUCUUUACUGGACGAACCCGCAGAAAUUUGAUAAGAUGGAGACCAAAGGGAUUGAAACGGUUCGUAGAGAUAACUGCAUGCUGGUAAAAAACAUGGUGACGGAGUGCCUCGAUAAAAUAUUGAUGGAGAGGGAUAUUCCUGCUGCGGUUCAAUAUGUCAAGAACAUGAUAUCAGAUCUCCUUAGGAAUCGCAUGGAUUUAUCCCUUUUAGUAAUCACCAAGGCUUUGACAAAAACACGGGACAUAUAUAAAGUGAAAGCAGCACAUGUUGAGCUUGCAGAUUGGAUGAGCAAGGUUUGAAAUGUAUCAUUAGUUCGAUUAUUUUUUUCACUACCACGAUGACUAAUAAAAGCAACUUUGUAGUUCGUUGGAGAACACUUCAAAUUCUGUGAAUCUGAAUAGCGCUAUAUUGUAAUGAAGAUUGAGUAUCCUCAUGAUCUCGAAAAAGUUGUUAAUUAUCACUGAUUUUGUUAUAUUUGCAAGCAAUUUAAAAUUCCUUAUGUUCUAUAUGCGCUAUGAAUAACAGAGGGAUGCUGCUACUGCUCCAAACGUCGGGGAUCGGGUAGCAUAUGUCAUUGUUAAAGCAGAAACCAAUGCCAAGGUAAGUUUCUCAUUUGUAUUUAUUUUUUAAUUCACUAGAGCUCGAUGUAGAAAGCCUGAUGUACGGAUGGUGAACAGGCUUAUGAAAGAUCAGAAGAUCCCAUCUUCGUUUUAGAAAAUAACAUUCCUAUAGACCACAAGUACUACCUCGAAAAUCAAAUUAGCAAGGUCCGUGAAGCAUU